AUGGUAUUCCCAUCAUUUAUACGGCUAGCUAGGUUUUCAACUAGACUUCGCCAUGCGAGAACCCAUCAUGCAAAUCGUCAUCAUCAACCAUUUUUUCAGGCAUCUUUCCCUUAUUUAAACACCAGUUACUAUUACCAAGGGUUACUGAAGCGAUACGAUUUCUUUCAUAGAACAAGGUGGUGGUCUAAAGCUGAAACUGGAUCUACAAGUCAAUCAAACCCGUUUCUUUCAAUAGCCAAUGGUCAUUAUGGUGUAUAUUAUUCCAUUUACAACCAUGAAUGUGAAAGAAAAGAUCGUCAAGAGGCAUAUGAAAAGUACAUUAGACGCUAUAUGACCAAACAAUUGGAACAGGGUGAUAGGACAAAGUUUAAACGAUGUAUGUUUAUGAAUGCAUGUAAGUAUCAUCAUCAUUAUCAUUGGUCGAAAGGUGGUGGUUAUGGUCGUAGGUGGAACCAUGGAUCACAUACGCACUACAAAAGAUUAUUUCAUGUUAAGCUUUUGCUUCUAGGAAUUGCAGCUAAAUUUCUAAUAUCUAAAGCCAUAAAGGAUACUCAAAUUGGGUUGGAUAAUUUGAAAACUGCAACUUACAGGCUAACGUCAUCGUGCUACAUUAAACCAACCGGCUAUUUUAUGAACUCAGGAGCAAGUUUCCACUCCUCGGGUGCAUCAACUCCAUCAAGAUUGACUGUAUCUCCUACUGAAGGCAAUGUAUUCUCCGUUGGUCUUUCAAAGAGAACGUUCACUACUGUAUCUCAUUCACAUUUCCAACAAUUAACAAAAACUUCACAGACUGCAUCUCCAAUUGAUGUCAAGGAGGAGCACGACGAGGAUGCUUUUGAGAACAGUUUCCUACAAACACAAAUAACUAAUAUAAACAACGCUUUUGAGAAGCAAGCUGAUAAGAAAGAGCUUAAUAUCAUAUAUCCUUUAUACCAAGCUAUCAAGCGUAAUGAAUUAGCCUUACCUACUGUGGAACUAUACAAUAUUGUUUUGAAAUCAAUCAUUGACAGGCCAAUUGAUAAUGAGGUUAACGUAGGCGCCAUCGAAAGAAAGUUAACCAAUUUACUCACAGUAUAUCAGGACAUUCUUUAUGCUAACUUGAAACCAGAUAACGAGACAUACAAUUUAGUUGUAAAUGCAAUGUUGGACAGUACUAUAAAGUGCUCGCUGGUGCCCUGCACAAACUACAUUGAGUUUAACGAAACUUCAAUCAAAGCUAAAGAAUUUGCUCAGAUUGCAUUUGAAUUGGUAGAAUCAUCUCCCAAGCAUGUACCAUUUGUGAGUGUAUUUGACAAAGUUGUUAAAUUAUCAAAGUUGUAUCCUGGUCUUGUUACUGGUCUGAUUGUUGAAUUAUUUGGGCAAAUGGUGAAUGAAAGUAAUUGCAAUGAACCGGAUUACUAUCUCAACGUAUUGGAGUUUUCUUCACACCUACCUCAAUUGAAAUCAUACAAUGAGCAAGAAGCAUAUACCAUUAUUGAAGAAACCUACCAUAAAAUCAGAAAAUUGGCCUAUGUUGAUGAAUUUGCUGUAUAUCAAUCAAUGAUGAAUGCAUUAGUUUACAAUAACCAACUAAGUGUUGCUAGUCAAUUGUUGGACAACAUUUUGAUUGACUAUAGAGAAUCACUACAAUUUUCCAUUCGACCAUCCAAGACACAAGUUAGUGACUUGAUUGCCACAUUUUUGAAAGCCUACGCAAACAAAGUCGAUACAUUGGAGUGUUUGAAAUUAUUGAAGAAGUUUCAACAAGUGCCAUACUUGCCUGAAUUGCCAAUAUCAUUUUACAACUUUAUAAUUACCAAGUUGCAAGAGUAUUCUGAUUGCUAUAAGGACAUGUGGGCAUUGUAUAACCGUAUUGCUUUGAGAAAAGAUUUUCAAUCAACUUCCACUAUAGACUUGAUGAAGAAUACGAAUGGGUUGUCAUGCCGCGAUGUCCUACUCAGUCUAGCUAUAUGUAAAGGUGACCAUGAGAGAGUUUUCCAAUUGGUGAAGGAAAUCAUGUUGAAGGGGCACUUGCUUGGCGAUCAUCAAGUUCUUCGUUUAAGUUUAGACUAUUUGAAUAAUGGGGUGGUUAACAACAAAUCGCAAGGAGAGUUUUUCAAUCAAUAUUAUUUGGGUUUGCUCCAUCUGUUGUUAUUGAUGCAAUCAAACCAUUAUCAAAAGUCAACAACUCUCAAUGAUUUUGUUUCUGAGUUUGUCCAAUAUUUGACAAUUUCAGUCCCUUGUGAAUUAGCUGAAAAUGAAAUGGCAGUUGCUAGUGUUUCCAACUACAAUGUGCAAUUACUUAUGGAUUCCCCAUUGCCAUUUAAGUGUGUUGAAGGAUUCGAUCUCCAAAUGGAUAAUAUGUAUGGUCUUAAUAUCAUUGCUCGUCACUUGUUGUUGUAUUCAGGUACUGAUGAACAGCUUUUGCUCAAAGUUGCGGACUUUGAAGCCCACUUAAUCAACCAAUUUGAGGAUCCAAGUAAUCAUUAUAUUGAAUUGACUAAUGAUAUUGUUGAAUUGAAAAAGGGAUUGAAGUCACACUUUUCAGAAAUUGUUGCGAAUUUGAAUGCUACAACAAUUGCUAUUGAUAAAGCUUGUCAAUAUUUGAACAUACCUCGUGAAGAAGCUCCUGAAGUCGUCAAGCUUUCUUUUGAUCAAUCUUUGAGUUAUUUGAUGAAUAUAAAUUACCAUAAAGGGGUAGCAACAUUUAUUGAUCUAUUCAAUCAAGGCUUUACCUUUGAUUUAAACACUUGGAAUGCACUUUUGAAUCAAAAUUUUAUCAAUGAACACUUGCUAAAAAUGGAUGUUGCUUCUUUGUUGGAUAGGAUGUGGAUGACGGGAUGUGAAGAAGAGAGCAAGUUAUCUUUAAUCAAGAGAUUAACCACUUAUAAUGAGAAACACAUAAAUGACGAGAUUUUGGCAUUUAUUUGUCGGCAGAAUAUAUUUCACACCGAUUUAUUAAUAAGAUUGUUUCAAUCUAACGUAGGAACAGACGUGAAUAAGUUUGAUUUUGAAUUGGCCUAUUUGCAUAAUUUGGAUGCCGAUUGGAUAGUUGCAUAUUUCGAUUACUUGAAACAAUUGAGUCAUUUUGAAGAAAUAAAGAAAUGUUGUACAUUCAUUCAAAACAAGUCUAAAAAGAUGCAAUCGUUUGAACUUGAAGCAGAAUUGGAGACCAACCCACAAGAUUUCACCAAAUUAUUGGGAAAUUUAAAAGUUACAAACAAUAGUGGUAAAUUUGUCGAAUUACAAAUUAAGCAUGAUAUUAAGUCUAAUGUCAAAGCCAGUGACAUUUUAAGCAAAAAUUAUGCAUCCAAUUCUCUACAAGUGGUUGAGUUGUUGUCAUAUGUCAGAUUUUUGGAUUCAUUACAACAACAUAAAUUUGACUACACCAGUUCUAAUUUCGUAUCAAUUAAUCACAUGGCAAGUUCAUUGCUUACCUGUGGUAAUUUACAACAGAUGAAAACCAUAAUUGAGACUAAUCCAAUUGAAAACAAGUCCAACCUAAUUUCAAGUAUGUUACAAAUGUUAAUUGAUGCAGUACCUUAUGCUCCAACAAAGCCAAUUAUCAAUAGGUUUAUGACCUUGAUUAAAUGUUAUAAAUUGUUAGACAUGGGUUGUGUAUUACCCGUGGAGCAACUUUUACAGAUUAUUACGUUGUUGAAAUUGACCAAGUCGGAUUUAUUGUCUGUUUUAACGAAUCGAAUUAUAAACAGAGAUGAAGGAGAACGUUAUGAUUGUGCUGGUGUUGUAUCUGAUAUUGUUAACUUUUAUUUCUUGGAAGUUCAAUUGUUUGAUAAAGAAUCGAAACAAUUAGUUUAUAAUUAUUUAGAGACGAAUUAA